AUGUCUCUGAAGGACAAAGUCAUCGUCAUCACCGGAGCUGCGUCAGGCAUGGGCCUCGAAACCGCCCGCCUGUUCGCCAGCAAAGGCGCCAAACUCUCGCUCGCCGACGUACAAGAGAAGCCAUUGAAAGAGCUCGAGUGCGAACUUCAGAAAUCAGGUUCGCAAGUCAUGACCCAGGUCGUCGACGUGAGCAAGCGUGGCGAUGUCGAAGGCUGGAUCGUAGCCACAGUCGAAAAGUUCGGAAAGCUUGACGGUGCAGCCAACCUCGCAGGUGUAACUGGCCGACAAGGCGCCGUCGCCGGUAUCGAGGAGGUGGAAGAUGACGACUGGGACUUCGUCAUGGCUGUGAAUGUUACUGGGUUGAGAAACUGUUUGCGCGCUCAGGUACCGCACAUGAAUGAGGGAAGCUCGAUCGUCAACGCGGCCAGUAUCCUGGGCAUCAUUGGUGCUCCAAAACAGUUGGCGUAUUGUGCCUCCAAGCAUGCGGUGGUCGGGAUGACGAGAAGCGCAGCGAAAGAGUUGGGGCCGAAGAAGAUUAGGGUCAAUUGCUUCUGUCCAGGACCCGUCGAUACCCCCAUGUUGAGGAAGGCAUAUGAGAUUCGAGGCGCACCAGUCGAUUACUCAUUCCUUCCGCUAGGAAGGGAAGCACAUCAAACGGAGAUUCCGCCGCUUAUCGAGUUCCUCAUUUCGGAUGCGUCGUCGUUCAUGACUGGAACUGCUACGCCGAUUGAUGGUGGGUGGUAUUGCUAG